AUUUCUCAAAGAUUGUUUUGUGUUGUGUUGGCUGCUGUGUAGUAACCAAUGUAUAUCAACAAAAUUUAACUGUCUUAUUGUUUAUUAAAUAUUAAAAAAUGGCAGAGAAGAAUAAAGCAUUGAAUCAUGUGAAACAUAUUCCUAAAGAUGCUCAAGUUAUUAUGUCCAUUAUGAAAGACAUGGGUAUAGUGGAGUACGAGCCAAGAGUUAUAAACCAACUUCUUGAAUUCACGUAUCGCUACGUUACUUGCAUACUGGACGACAGUAGAAUUUAUGCCAAUCAUGCAAAGAAAAAGUUUAUAGAUUUAGAUGAUGUUAGGUUAGCAGUAAAAAUGCAAUUAGAGCGGAGUUUCACUAAUCCACCACCUCGAGAUGUUUUGUUGGAUGUGGCACGCUUAAAGAAUAAUGUUCCUUUACCAUUCGUAAAGCCAAAUAAUGGCUUAAGAUUACCACCUGAUAGAUAUUGCUUGAAUGUGACCAAUUACAAAUUGAAAAAUACUUUUAAGAAAACAAUGAAAUCUUCAAGUGCCAUGAUUGGAAAUAAUAAUUCUAGUGGACAAGCAAGAAUGAAAUUAGAUAAUAAUAAAGCCAGUCUCUCAGUGGUGAAGAGACCAGGAACUCUUACUACUGUUGCAAGAACGCAGACUAUUUCAAUACCUAAACCGGUUUUUAAAUUUUCAGCAGGAACUUCAGCACCGACGAUGAAAACGCCAAUUAUUAAGUCUCAAAUGCAACAAACGUCUGGACAAACGUUAUCUGUGGUAAAAUUAAAAAGUGAUUCAGAUUCAGUUAAAAGAAAGAGGGAGGAAGAUGAUUAUGAUGUAACUUAAAAGUGAGUGUUACGAGUUCUUACUAGGUGUGGGAAACUAAAGGCAAAGUGAUUUUCUUUCUUUUCCAAAAAAUAUUCGAAAGAAUUAUUGCACGAGUUUGUAACUUUGUUCAUUUGAGUAGAGAUUUUUGAAGAAAGUUUACUUUUAAUAGCAGUGUUGUGGAAUUUGUUUGCAAACAUAAAAAUUACAGAUUUCUUGUUACUUACUUUGCCUCUAGUUUUCCUAAUUCUAAUAGAAAAAUGAUAAUUUUCCAACAACUAUUCAAGAAUCAACUAUUUAAAAAUUUAAUUUUAGUUGUAACUUUAAUUGAGAAUUUCACGUUAAAUAUUGUCAACAACAGUUAAUAGGACAUUGUAUCGUUAUUCAAGUUAUUUUUUUCUUGUUUCCCCCCAUUACUUGAUUGCAAAUCAAUUUCAUUUGUUCAAAAAUUCAAUGAAUUGAGUUUGGUAUAUUUUGUAUUUACAGUUAUAGACACACCAAUUGAAUAAUUUACGAUAAAAAUAAAAAAAACAUGCGAUUCGCUGCGAAAUUUAUUCAUUGAUUUAAAGUACAACAAUAAGUUUGCUUUUAUCAAUUAUUUGCUCAAAAUUGAUUAAAUUAACAUACCUAUAAUGUGUUUUUCUACCAAGAUUAUUAGGAACCCUCACACACGCAAAUGGAGAAAGUUUAAAUGCGGAUUAAUAAUAUGUAAAGAAAGGAAUGUGAUGCAAAUAACUGGAGAAUUAAAAUUGAUGUAGAUUUAUCUUCAAUAGGAUACGAAAUGUACACACUAAUUUACAUA